AUGAAUAUUUUUACACAAAUCGCUACACAAUUUUUUAUUAAUAAGAAUACACUUGUUCAAUUAUUAAAAACAUUAAAUUUUCCAAAUGAAUUCUUGACUGAAUUUCGUAAUGAUCGGAUUUGUAUUGAUGAAGAUUUAAUAAGACGAAGAAUACGUAUAUUAUGUGAAAUAAAUCAAGAUGAAUCUUUUCAAGAUUUAUUUUGUCAUGAAGAUGGUAUACAAUUUGUAUUUCAUAUUAAUUUUCAUGAUCAUCAUUUUAUACGCUUUCGUAUUAGUUUUGAUAUUAAAAUAAUUGCACUUAUUUUAAAUAAUCAUCAUCAAACUAUACAAUUUAUGAUAAAUAAUAUUCAAAUAAAAUCACUUAAUCGUCUAUCAAAAGCAUUCCGAUUUUGUGUUCAGUCCAAAGUUCGAACAUUGAUUAUUGAUGAACUUGAACGUAUAUGUACAGAACAACAUAUUCCAUAUGAACGAUUAUUUCGUGAUAUAAAACGUCCGUUAAUAUAUGAAAUAAAUUUAUCUAAUAUAAAAGAAUUUGAUCAAUUACGUGAACGAUAUUUAAUUAUUGGUAAUCGUUCAAUUCUUGAUCUUAUACAAAUAACAUAUGUUGAACAUCGUGAACAAUCUAUUGUAUUAGGUUAUCGUUUAAAUACAACAUUAAAUGACGAAUCAACUACACAAUUUAUUGAUUGUUAA